UAUUCUAGCGAUAAGUAGUAAAUUAUAUAUCAGUUAAAAAUGUUGAAGUUCGGACUCCUUCUCAUCAGCUUCGCCUUCUGCCACGGCCACGCCGUGUUGCCAGCAGUCCACGCAGUCCAUGCUCCCGUAGUAGCUGCGGUUCCGCUUCAUCAUGGCAUCCUGGGUAACGGACUGCCUGGUCAUGGAGUCGCAGGAGCUGGUGUCGGCGGCUAUGGCCUCGGCGGUCACGGAAUAGCCGGCGCUGGGCUCGGCGGUCACGGACUCAUCAACGCUGGGCUAGCUGGCACUGGACUCACUGGCGCUGGACUUGCUGGUGUUGGAUUCGCCAGCCAUGGACUCGCUACCACAGGCUUCGCUGGCCACGGAAUCGCUAGUACUGGGCUCGUUGGGGCAGGUGUAGAAAACGGUCAUCAUUUGUACAAACGGUCUCCGCAUGUUGUAGCUCCUUAUGAACACGUUGCACCGAUAGCUCAUUUAGCUCCAGUUGCGGUAUCCCACCAGCAACGCGUGGACGUACGUACAUCCCCAGCUGUUGUUGCAGUCGUGCCGGUCGUCAAGCCGGUACUGACGUCAUUCGUGCCAGCCGCUCCUCUCGCCCACACUUUCGCGGGUAACUUUGGCGGUGGAUACUACGGCGGCCAGGGCUUCGGUUCGGCUCAUGCUGCUCUGGUCUUUCGACAGCUCGCAACGAGGACUCAACAGACCAUAAUGUCGAAACUGAUGGUGUUGUUAUGCACAGUGGCGAUGGCGGCAGCCAAGCCUGGGCUAGUGGCGCCUGUGACGUACAGCGCAGUGCCGGCAGUUAGCUCUCUAUCGCAGUACAGCUCCAGCGUUUACCACGGGGCGCCGCUGUACGCGCCGUCUCUCUAUCAACCCUCUUACCUCACUCCUGCCGUAGCUGCAAUCUCCCAAGCGCCCAACUCACCGGCUGUGGUUCUGGACGCAAUCAACGGCGUACCACUGGAUACCCCCGAGGUCGUCUCCGCUCGCCUCGCCCACUACCAGGCCAAGGCGCUCUCUGGCGUCCACCAUCUCCGCAAGCGCUCCGUCGCGCCCCUGGCUUACAGUACGAUCGUUUCCCCUGUCACCCAUGGCGCUGUCGUAUCCCCUGUCGCUCCUCUCACUUACUCAUCCUACUCUCCCUAUGUAUCCGCUUACUCUGCACCCGCCUUGGUGUCAUCUCCUCUCACUUAUUCCGCUGUACUUCCUAAAGCUUACGGCGUCCACGCUUGGUAAACAAUGUAAUCUGUGAUAAACGACCUGUUAUAUGAUGUAUGUACUAUGA